AGGAGUCGAUAUGCUGUGAACAGCUCUGGUGACACCACAGAAGAUCAAGAUGGGGACUCCAGAGACCAAUGUCCUCUAACUGAUGAGCAAUUGGUUUCAGGGUUUUCAGAUGUCAUCCUGGCAACAAUUUUGGCUACCAAGUCAGAUAUGUGUGGCAAAAAGUUUGAACUGAAGAUUGAUAACGUUCGCUUUGUUGGCCAUCCCACAUUGCUUCAGCAUGCCCUUGGGCAGGUAUCCAAAACGGAUCCCUCACCAAAGAGAGAGAUGCCCACUAUGAUUCUCUUCAACGUGGUGUUUGCACUAAGGGCCAAUGCAGAUCCAUCCGUGAUAAACUGCUUACACAACCUCUCCCGAAGAAUCGCCAUAGUCUUGCAGCACGAGGAGCGCCGCUGCCAAUACCUGACCAGGGAGGCCAAGCUGAUCUUAGCUAUUCAGGAUGAGGUGUCUGCCAUGUCAGAAACCACAGAAGGGCCACAGUCACCUUUUCAUCACAUCCUACCCAAGUGCAAACUGGCCAGAGAUCUCAAAGAAACAUAUGACAGUCUCUGCACAACAGGGGUGGUCCGUUUACAUAUCAACAACUGGCUGGAAGUGAGUUUCUGCCUGCCUCAUAAAAUCCAUUAUGUUGCCACAAACUUUAUACCGCCUGAAGCAAUUGAGAGAAGCCUGAAAUCUAUCAGGCCUUACCAUGCCUUAUUACUUUUAAAUGAUGAGAAGUCGUUGCUUAAUGAGCUCCCGUUGGACUGCUCUCCUGCCCUGGUGAGAGUAAUUAAAACUACCUCUGCUGUGAAGAAUUUGCAGCAACUGGCUCAAGAUGCUGACUUGGCAUUGCUGCAGGUCUUCCAGCUUGCUGCACAUCUUGUUUACUGGGGAAAAGCAAUUAUUAUUUAUCCGCUGUGUGAAAACAAUGUCUACAUGCUUUCUCCAAAUGCCAGUGUCUGUCUUUAUUCUCCAUUAGCAGAUGCAUUUUCUUGUCAGUUCCGGGGCCACAACCUGCCGUCGAUGCUUUCCAAGUUCUCCCUCCCAGUGUCACUCUCAGAGUUCAAGAAUCCGCUCGCGCCGCCCGUUCAGGAGACUCAGCUCAUUCAAAUGGUGAUAUGGAUGCUCCAACACCGACUUCUUAUUCAGCUUCACACUUACGUCUGUCUGAUGGUGCCACCAAACGAGGAGGAUUUCCGAGCCCAAGAUGAAGACAUGCCCUUUACUGCCAGAGUUGGAGGCCGAAGUUUAAGCACCCCCAAUGCUCUCAGCUUUGGUUCUCCAACUAGUAGUGAUGACAUGACUCUGACAAGCCCUAGCAUGGAUAAUUCCAGUGCUGAGUUGAUACCUGGUGGGGACUCACCCCUAAAUAAAAGGAUGACGGAGAAUCUCCUAGCAAGCUUGUUGGAACAUGAGCGGGAAGCUAUCCUUAAUGUCCCUGCUGCCCAAAAUCCAGAAGAUCUUCGCAUGUUUGCAAGGCUGCUGCACUAUUUCCGAGGCCGACACCAUUUGGAGGAGAUCAUGUACAACGAGAACAUGCGUCGCUCCCAGCUGCUGAUGCUGUUUGACAAAUUCCGCAGCGUGCUGGUGGUGACCAGCCACGAGGACCCCGUGAUUUCAGUUUUUCAGUCUCUCUUAAAGUGA